GAGCUCGGCACAGGGAGCCCGGUAGGGGUAGGCCUGCCCGGCGGAGGAGCCCGCCUCGCCCCCGGCCCUAGAAAGCGCCCGGCGUGGCCCAGCCCCGGGAGGAGCCCGCCGCUCCGGGCCCGGCUGCCGCGGAGGUUUUAGGGAAAGCUCCGUGCCCAGGCCGCGCCGUACAUACAGAGGCGUGUAGGUAGGUGUGCCUGCAGGAGCCGGCCGCUGUAGUUGUUGUCCAAGAAAAAUGUGGCAGCCUCUGCGAAAUAUGUACCCGCUGCGGUUUGUAUCUCCCUUCUGCGACUUGCUGAGUACUUAAAUUCCCUUUGGCACAUUAGUAGGGCUGUUGAGGUACUUUGCACUUCGUUUCGUAAGUGAAUAAGUGCUUUUCUUUCUUCGUGUAUUGAGUUGCUAUUGAAUUGCUUCCCAUAUUUUUAUUUCAUACAAACUGAACAAUUGUGGCCCCUCUAUUUUAUUUAUAAAGGUUCAGUGUAUCUUUGCCUGCCUACAUCAAUCUGCAAGGGAGUUGCAGAAAAGCCUCAUGUUCAUCGAGCCGUGUGGGCAAGAAAACUUUUCCUUUAAAACUUUUCAACAGUGGGCAUAAAAUUCUGCAGCUGAGGUCUUGAAGAAUGCAGAUGGGAGAUGAAACCAGACAAAGGGUGAAGUUUACAGACGAUCGUGUUUGCAAGAGCCACCUUCUGGAUUGCUGUCCGCAUGAUAUCCUGGCCGGAACACGAAUGGACCUGGGAGAGUGUACAAAGAUCCAUGACUUGGCACUCCGAGCAGAUUAUGAGAUUGCAAGUAAAGAGAGAGAUCUGUUUUUUGAGCUGGAUGCGAUGGAUCACCUGGAAUCCUUCAUUGCAGAGUGUGAUAGGAGAACAGAACUGGCCAAGAAACGCCUGGCGGAGACGCAGGAAGAGAUCAGUGCUGAAGUGUCUGCAAAGGCGGAGAAAGUACAUGAGCUGAAUGAAGACAUUGGAAAACUCCUAGCUAAAGCUGAACAGCUGGGAGCUGAAGGAAAUGUCGAUGAGUCUCAAAAGAUCCUGAUGGAAGUGGAGAAAGUCCGAGCGAAAAAGAAAGAGGCAGAGGAAGAAUACCGAAAUUCAAUGCCUGCAUCCAGUUUCCAGCAGCAGAAGCUGCGUGUGUGUGAAGUCUGUUCAGCAUAUCUGGGUCUCCAUGACAACGACCGGCGUCUCGCUGACCACUUUGGAGGCAAAUUACACUUGGGUUUCAUUCAGAUCCGUGAGAAACUGGAUCAGCUGAGGAAAACAGUGGCAGAAAAGCAAGAGAAGAGAAACCAGGAUCGUUUGAGACGGAGAGAGGAGAGAGAACGAGAGGAGAGAAUGGGCAGACGGUCUGGAUCAAGAAACAGAGAUCGUCGAAGAUCCCGGUCUCGGGAUAGGCGGCGGAGACGCUCGAGAUCAGCUUCCCGUGAGCGGCGGAAGUCUCGCUCCCGGUCCCGAGACCGACACAGACGCCACCGGAGCCGUUCCCGCAGCCACAGCAGAGGUCACCGACGGGGGUCCAGAGACAGGAGUUCAAAACACAAAAAAGAAGUUUGGACAAUUAGGAAGUGAGGAAGACCCUGUAAUAACUAUUACUAAAGAGCAGAUCUUCUAGAGAUCGAUCUUCAAGAGAAAAGUCACGAGACAGAGAGAGAAAAGAGAAGAGCUCUUCUGAGAGGCGGCACGAGAGCACAAAUGGCAAAUCUCGUUCCAAGAGAUCAGAAGAGAGAGAAGCUGGCGAGAUCUGAACUCAAACGAUCUGUGUUGCACUGUAAAUAGUCUGAUAAACAUUCUACACAAAGCCUAAAUUUCCCAUUUAUAUUUACUGAAUACAACUCAUCUUUUGUAGUUUGGAAUUUUUAUUGUUUGGCAGAUAGCUGUGAGUUUGUAGAGACACAGUUACGUACUGUUUAACAGGAUUUUGUUUUAGUAGGAAUAAAUAAAUCUGGACGGAUCGUUUCCAAUUCAG